AUGAAGCAAAAUCAGACCAUCAAAUCAAUAAACUGGGCAGUUUUAUUGAAUCAAAGCUCAAGAAAAUGGGCUCUUCCUGAUUCUGCCACCCAAUGCCAUCUGUCUCUCUCUUCAAAGCCAUCAAAAACAAGAAAUGGUAAGACUUCUACCUCCUUAAAGAUAACAGACAGUGUGAAGGGCAAGCUGAUACUAGGGGCGAAACUUCUCCGAGCAGGCGGUGCUCAAAAGGUGUUCAAGAAGAACUUCGGUGUUAGAGAAGGUGAAAAACUGUUGAAGGCUUCUCAAUGUUGUUUAUCAACAACAGCUGGUCCAUUGGCUGGCCUACUUUUUGUUUCUACUGAGAAGGUUGCUUUUCUUAGUGAGAGAUCAAUCAGAGUCCGUUCUACUAGUGGGAAGUCAAUGAGAGUGCAUUAUAAGGUGUUAAUGCUAAUUGCUAAAAUUAAAACAGCAAAUGAAAGUAAGAAUUUGAAGAAUCCAUCAGAGAAGUACGUGCACUUAGUAACAGAAGAUCAUUUUGAGUUUUGGUUUAUGUGGUUCCAACAACAUCAAAGAACCUUGAAAUAUUUGCAGGAUGCAAUUUCUCAAUCAGUUCAGUAUCCUUAG